AUGUCCCUUAGGUUCCUCCCUUCUACCCCAUAUCUUACUUACUUAAAGGCUUCAAUGGCAAAUCCACAUUCCAGUCGGGGAAUCGCCCAUCUUGUCGACAAAAAGCCCAACGACGUGGUAAUAACUUAUGCGAAACGAACGGCGAUGGGCAGGCAUAGGAAGGGGCAAUUCAAGGAUAUUCCCGUCGACGAGAUGAUGCAAGCUUUAUUCAAGGCCUCUCUUCAGGAAACACGUCUAGAUCCGAAAACAAUCGGCGACAUUUGUGUUGGAACGUGCCAUCCCCCGUCUCCUAUGUAUGCUUCCAGGGCAGCAGCGCUAGCUGCAGGUAUUCCAAAGGAUGUUCCAAUUUCAACUGUCAACCGACUAUGUUCUUCCGGUUUAAUGGCUAUCCGCUCUAUUGCCCAGUCUAUUCAAUGUGGCGAGAUCUCCCUCGGCAUAGCCGUAGGCGUUGAGAACAUGUCUCUCAACCCUCGCCCGACACCGGUUAUUGCUGAGUCUGUAGACACACACACUCAGGCACACGAUUGUAUACAGCCUAUGGGGUGGACUUCAGAAAUGGUUGCUCAAGAUUACAGCGUCUCUCGUCAAAAGCAGGAUGAAUAUGCUCUUAUUUCACACACAAGGGCAACCAAGGCUAUGGAGUCAGGAAGGUUUUCUGAGGAGAUUGUACCAGUAGAGAUCCGAGGCGCCACGAUCUCAGUCGACGACACAGUCCGUCCGGGCGUAACCGUCGAGUCACUUUCUGCCCUCAAGCCUGUCUUUCCUGACUGGGGAUCUGGAGCAACGACGGCCGGCAAUGCAAGCGGGAUUGGAGAUGGUGCAGCGCUGUGCAUUAUGACAACUCGUUCGAGAGCGGAAAAGGACCACAUGCCGAUCAUCGCCAAAUACAUCGGAACAACAAUCGUUGGAGUUGAGCCUAGGCACAUGGGAUUAGGGCCGAUUGAAGCUGUUCCAAGAAUCCUGAAGACGCACUCCAUCAGCUCUGAUGAUGUCGACGUUUACGAGGCAAGUAUUUAUUGCAUCAACGAGGCCUUCGCCUCUCAAUUUGCGUAUUGUGUGGAAGAACUCGGUUUGUCGAUGGAGAAAGUUAAUCCAAACGGUGGAGCUAUUGCGCUGACCCAUCCUCUUGGAAUGACUGGCAUUCGGCAAGUUGUCACCGGUCUGGCGGAACUGAGGAGAACAAGCGGAAGCAUUUUAUGUACAAGUAUGUGCGUUGGGAGUGGGAUGGGAGCGGCUGGUAUUUUUGUUAAUGAAAGCGCUCAAGAACAGGCGAAAUUGUAA